GUGGUCCAAUAAAGUAUUUGAAGCACAAGCUUCAUGUGAUUGACGACAAGAAUUUGGUAACCAAAUAUUCACUUAUCGAAGGAGAUGUUCUAGGAGACAAAUUGGAAUCUAUUACCUAUGAUGUCAAAUUCGAAACUUCUGCAAAUGGAGGUUGUAUUUGCAAGACAUCAACUGAGUACCACACAAAAGGUGAUUAUGUUUUUAAGGAAGAAGAACAUAAUGAAGGCAAAGAUAAAGCCAUGGAACUUUUCAAGGCUGUUGAAAAUUACCUUCUUGCCAAUCCUACCGUCUAUGCCUAAAUGAUUACGAGCAUUUUCUUAUAACCGCGGUGUCCGAGUCAGUUUGCAUUUAGCUAGACUAAUUCCACGAGUUACCUGCUUAUAAUUAUGGAGUUUUAUCAAACUAUGUUGAGAGUUUCAAAGUAUUUUUCUUUUGGUUUCCAUCAUAUAUAGUGUUUUGAGUGUGUGUGAUCUUUCCAAAUAUGUCAUGGAAAGAACUUUGAAUAAAGAAUAUCGCAAGCUUUGUACUGUAGUUUCCAAAUGCUUGUACUUAAAUUAAAAUGCCUUGUUCAAUAUACAUAUAUAUAUAUAUA